CCCGGACAUCUACGGGUGGAUGAGAGUCUGCUGAGCGUCCGAGAUGGCCGUCCGUCCCGGGCCGCUCUGGCUGCUGGGCCUGGCUCUGUGCGCUCUGGGCGGCGGCCACAGCCCACGUCCCCCACAUACCUGUCCCCAGCGUCGCCUGGGAGCGCGCGAGCGCCGAGACAUGCAGCGAGAGAUCCUGGCGGUACUCGGGCUGCCUGGGCGGCCCCGACCCCGAGCACCACCCGCAGCCUCCCGGCAGCCAGCGUCCGCGCCCCUCUUCAUGCUGGACCUGUACCACGCCAUGGCUGAUGACGACGACGGCGGGCCCCCUCAGCCUCAGCUGGGUCGCGCCGACCUGGUCAUGAGCUUCGUCAAUAUGGUGGAGCGUGACCGUACCCUGGACUACCAGGAGCCACACUGGAAGGAAUUCCUCUUUGACCUAACCCAGAUCCCUGCAGGGGAGGCUGUCACAGCUGCAGAGUUUCGGAUAUACAAAGAGCCCAGCACCCACCCGCUCAACACAACCCUCCAUGUCAGCAUGUUCGAGGUGGUCCAGGAACACUCCAACAGGGAGUCUGACUUGUUCUUUUUGGAUCUUCAGACGCUCCGAUCUGGGGACGAGGGCUGGCUGGUGCUGGAUAUCACUGCAGCCAGUGACCGCUGGUUGCUGAGCCAUAACAAGGACCUGGGACUCCGUCUCUAUGUGGAAACCGAGGAUGGGCACAGCAUGGAUCCUGGCCUGGCUGGUCUGCUCGGACAACAAGCACCACGAUCCAGACAACCUUUCAUGGUCACCUUCUUCAGAGCCAGCCAGAGUCCUGUGAGGGCCCCUCGGGCAGUGAGGCCACUGAAGAGGAGGCAGCCAAAGAAAACAAAUGAGCUUCCACAUCCCAACAAACUCCCAGGAAUCUUUGAUGAUGGUCACGGCUCCAGAGGCAGAGAUGUUUGCCGUAGGCAUGAGCUCUAUGUCAGCUUCCGGGACCUCGGCUGGCUGGACUGGGUCAUCGCCCCUCAGGGCUACUCAGCCUAUUACUGCGAGGGGGAGUGUGCCUUUCCACUGGACUCCUGUAUGAAUGCCACCAACCAUGCCAUCUUGCAGUCCUUGGUACACCUGAUGAAACCAGAUGUGGUCCCCAAGGCAUGCUGUGCACCCACCAAACUGAGCGCCACCUCCGUGCUCUACUAUGACAGCAGCAACAACGUCAUACUGCGCAAGCACCGCAACAUGGUGGUCAAGGCCUGUGGCUGCCACUGAGGCCCUGCUCAGCAGCCUGCUUCUGCUAUGGUCCCCGUCGGGCCAGGCCCCUUUCCAGAGGCAGGA